AUGCAGGGGGGCAGAGAUCCAUUCUUUGGUUUUGGUGAUCCUUUUGGUAAUUUUGGAGGCCAAAGAAGUCUAAUCUCUAGCUUUUUUGGGGGAAGGGAUCCAUUCGAUGACCCGUUUUUCACGCGUCCCUUUGGAAGCAUGUUUGAGUCAAGCUUCUUUGGGUCUAAUGGAGGUCCAUUUAUGAAUCCACUUUCUUAUGGAUAUCUUGAACAUCAGCCUACCCAGCCACAUACAUCUAGGGGACCAGUGAUUGAGGAGCUGAAUUCUGAUGAUGAGGUUGAUGAAAAAGAAAGUGGAAAGGAUAAAAAGGAGAAUCCUAGGAAACAUGGAAGAUCUGGUAAAGAGUCUUUUAUGGAGAACCCUGAUGAUGAAGGAACUGAGAAAAAGAGCAAGCAUAUAGCUCGCCAAAAUGAGAUCUACCAGAUGCAAAGUGCACGGUCACAGCCUCAAAAUCAUAGCUUCUCUUAUCAAAGUACCACUGUUUCUUAUGGUGGUGCAAAUGGUGCGUACUACACUUCUUCUAGAACAAGGAGAUCAGGGAGUGAUGGAUUAACAUUUGAAGAAUGCAAAGAAUCUGAUUCGUCUACUCGCCAAGCAACUCAUAGGGUCUCGAGGGGUAUCCAUGACAAGGGUCAUUCCUUAAUUCGUAAGUUGAACUCAGAUGGGCAUGUUGACACGAUGCAGACUCUGCAUAAUCUUAAUGAAGAUGAACUUGGCGGUUUUGAGGAAGCAUGGAAGGGAAAUGCCAGGAGAUAUCUUCCUGGGCUUGGUGAAAGAUUCAGUAAUCAACAUGGUACAGGGUUUGGAAGCAGUAACAGGCUUGGCAGAGAUGGAUGGGCUCUUCCUUCAACUUAUAGUUCAAGCAAUCAAGGAAGCUCGAGACCAGAUAUUGGAAGCAUGGCAGCCGCGCCACAUCAUUCUGCAAGAGCAUUUUGUCCAAGUAAACAGGCCUAUAAUAGACGUUAA